AUGUAUAAUUCAGCCCAGGCUGUGCCCGACGCCAACGGCAAUUACUCGAAUGACCAGAAGGGAGAGCCAUGGACAAGUCACAGGUGUGGGCUAGUGUGGGGUCGAUCGCCGUACAAACCCGACAUGACUGGUCCGAACUGGUCCAGCUUCUGAUAAGGGGAUAUAUCUUGUUGAGAUCUGGGGAAGGGCUGACCCUUUAUUUCAGGAUGAAAAGGACGGGAGAGGGCAGCGUGGGUCCUCGAACUCAAUCUUCUUAGUACACUGGAUUCCUGUCAAGCCUGCAG